AUGAGCGUACACCGCACACCCGCGAACUCAAGCACGGCCAGGAGGCCCACUACGCCCGUCACUCCCAGUCCCACCACCACAACCGCAGCAGUGCGGGACGCUGCCAAAACAUUCAUCAGAAGACCAAACACCAAACGGAGGUCGCUCGAGAAUAUGGAGACCUAUAAAAAACAGCAACAAACAUAUGCUGAGAUCUCGGGCGACCAGCUCCUCCAGGGACUGAUGAAGAUCUUCGAGGAUAUACCCUCGAGGGUCUCUCAGUAUCCACAGAUGCGGAGGGACAUAAAACAGUUCCUGGAGGAGCAAUCCGAUAAGGGAUUGAAAAUGGUCUUCGAAAUAAGCAGUCGCGUUAAGGCAUUAGAUGAAGAAAGAAAAGCCGAAGCCGAGGAAAAAGAAAAGGCAGCGAGGGCGCCCUCAAGGACCUCACCGUCCAAUGGGCAUGAGGACGUCCUCAGAAAACUGGGAGAGAUGGAGGCGGCGCUGACCGAGCGGAUCGGUGAAAUGGAGCGAACCAUUCAAACCGAUCUGCAGGGACUUGACGUCAGUGCCAACGACCGGUGCACCGACCUGCUCGGCAGGAUCGCUGACAGGAUCGAGGACGCAAGGGAGGGGGGAGACCAAACGGCCAAUAUCGUUGAGGAUCGAACCCAUGCCCUCCUCAAGAAUCUCGUCGGCGGUGUUGCCGGGGAGGUCGUUGCGGCGAAGGACGAGAUUGUCGCGGUCGUAAAAGGACUGACGAGUGCUGAUGAAGCUCCAGUACCAGUCCUCAAGACCUACGCCAGCGCCGCAGCAUCAAAACCUGCCUAUCGCCCCGCACUCCACUCCCUGGCGAUCACUCUCGAGGGUAGUCAAGAGACUGCAGACGAGGUGCUCGCCAGGGUGAGGAAGGCGGUCGACGCUAGAGGCACCGGCCUCAAAAUUAAUAAAGUGCGCAAAGCAAAAAAUCAAACGGUCAUCCUUGGUUGCGAUACAAGGGAGGAAAUGACCAGAGUAAAGAAAGCAAUAGAGAGCCGCGGGGACCAUCUGAAAGUAGUGCCCAUGGAAAAUAAGAACCCUCUCGUCAUCUUGAGGGAUGUCUUCAUGGAUGAGGAGAAUGAAGACAUACUCGAGGCUCUCCACUCACAAAACGGAGACAUUUUUAUGGGCCUACCCGAAGAGGAAAAAGAAACAGUAAUUAAGUUUAAAAAGCGCACGAGAAACCCCAAGGCAGCGCACAUAAUACUCCAAGUGCGGCCAAGCGUGUGGCGGAGAAUGACGGAGGCUGGGGCCCUCUACCUGGACCUGCAAAGGGUCACAGUUGAGGACCAGUCUCCGUUGAUCCAAUGCACUAAGUGCCUCGCGUUUGGUCACGGCCGUAAAUUUUGCACCGAGAGUGUGGACAGAUGUAGUCACUGCGGAGGACCGCACCUGCGCGAAAAAUGCGCAGACUUCACCGCGGGUAAUGAACCGCAGUGCUGCAAUUGUUCGCACUCUGGGUUGCGAAAGACAGACCACAACGCUUUUAGCGUCGACUGCCCAGUGCGAAGAAAAUGGGAUUACCUGGCCCGCACCAACACUAGCUACGCCUGA